GUGUUCGCCCGUGUAUAUAUCAUGACAGCUGAAGAGAGACUGUAGAAACCUGUUAGCCUUUUAUCCGUCCAGAAACAUAUAGCGAUGGAAGUAUUAUUGUUCUACAUCCAGAGUCACAGGGGACAACGCCUGCUUUAUUGCUAGCCUUAUAGUGGGCUAAACAUCAGCUGGUUUUUGAAAGGAUCGGGAUCGAAUCUGUGUUAGAUGGAGAAUUCAGGCGGGUCUAAAUGGACGCUGAAGUCAGAUUCGAGCUCAGAGCCUUUUCCCAAGUGUUGCUCCGCCUGUGAGGGCAGUGAGGAGUCUUUCCGUGGGAAAGUGUUCAGGAACAGGACUAAAACCAGGAGUGUGUCUAUGCCACCAGCACAUUGCUCUGCUAAAUUUAGGAGGACACAGUCACUUCAUGGACCAAGCCCUGUCACCACAUUUGGGCCCAAAGCCUGUAUGCUGAAGAACCCUAAAGCUGUCAUGCAUAUACAAGAUCCAGCCAGUCAGAGGUUGACAUGGAACAAGCCACCCAAAAGUGUCCUUAUUAUAAAGAAAAUCAGAGACGCCAGUCUGCUACAGCCUUUCAAAGAGCUCUGCGUUUUUCUGACACAGCAAAAAAACAUGAUUGUUUAUGUGGAGAGAAAGGUCAUUGAAGAUCCAGCCAUUGCUAAUGAGAGCUUUGUGUCCGUCAAGAAGAACUUUUGCACUUUUAGAGAAGAUUAUGAUGACAUUUCCAAUUGUGUCGACUUCAUCAUUUGCUUGGGAGGAGAUGGGACUUUGCUGUACGCCUCCUCUCUUUUCCAGGAGAGUGUGCCUCCUGUCAUGGCCUUCCACUUGGGUUCUCUGGGAUUUCUUACACCAUUUAACUUCGACACAUACCAAUCUCAGGUCAACCAGGUUAUAGAAGGAAAUUCUGCGAUUAUUUUACGCAGUCGUCUGCAAGUGAAGGUGGUGAAAGAUUAAUUCAGAAAAACAGAGCAAAACUUUUUUUCUCAAAAAAUUAACUCAUAUGUUCAUGUUGUGAUGUUUUCUGUAAAUGAUAAAUCUGUCUUCCUCCAUCAGGUGCUGAAUGAAGUUGUUGUAGACAGAGGUCCGUCGUCCUACCUCUCUAAUUUGGACUUGUUUCUGGAUGGUCACCUGAUCACCACCGUUCAGGGAGACGGCGUGAUCGUGUCGACUCCCACCGGAAGCACCGCAUACGCAGUGGCAGCAGGAGCUUCGAUGAUCCACCCCAACGUCCCCGCCAUCAUGAUCACACCGAUCUGCCCACACUCCCUGUCCUUCAGACCCAUCGUAGUGCCGGCCGGCGUGGAGCUCAAGAUUAUGCUGACCCGUGAUGCCAGAAACACGGCCUGGGUGUCUCUCGAUGGAAGGAAACGCCAGGACAUUGCAUACGGGGACAGUAUCACCAUCACGUCUUCAUGCUUCCCUGUUCCUUCCAUCUGUUUCCGAGAUCCGGUGAACGACUGGUUCGAGAGUCUGGCUCAAUGUUUACACUGGAACGUCCGCAAGAAACAGAGUCAUCUGAGCUCUGAGGAGGAAGACUUCUGAACACAUUCCCAACACAAGUCCUUUUAACAGGCUUUUAACAGUCAAACCGCUCCCAUCUCAUUAUUACAAAAUUAUAUUUUGCUUAAAAAAAUCGACUAUUUUUAGGACCAUUACGAUUUUUUGCAUUGUGACCGCUUUGCCCCAAAGCUUGUAAUCCUGAUGGUUCUGAUUAUUCUCAGUACUGUAAUAGCCAUUAUUAUCAAUUGUUUUAUUUAAAUAUGCAUAAAUGGAAGACCGUACAACUACUACAGCCAGGAUGUGUACAUUUUCUUUUUUUUUUUUUUUUUUUUUUUUUUGGAUAAUGCAAUAUUAUUUUGCAUUAUGGUAAUGAGAAAAAAUAUGAAGGCAUCGUUUUCUUCAUUAAAUAUUGGGGGAAAUAUGACCCCAAUAUGUGUGGCCGCAUAAUAUUGGUACGUUUACUUUUUUUUUUAAUUGACGUCUGUUCAUUCCAUUAUAACUUUGGGGAAGUAUCAUGUGUUGUCAGUUUUUGGCUGACAAGGUCCUUUAAAGCAAUAACUGAAUUUCAAUAGAUUAUAUUGUGCCUUAUAGAGCAUUGCAUCAAAGUCUGUAAUUUGGGGGAAGUGUAUUUAUGGCAUAUUUCGAAUGUAUCAUACAUCUUGGUUACAUAUUACAUAUCUGAGCUUGAA